ACAAACGUUCCACAAAAACAGAAUUUUGCGAUACAAAUGUUUAUACAAAAUUAAAUAGUACAGAAGUUGGUGAAAUUUACUACCCUUGCGCAAGAAUUAUUCCAAAGAACCAUAAUUUUAAAAAAAUACAAUGGAAAAAUAGACAAAAUAGGAACAGACUCCAAAUCAACACACAGCUGCACCAGAACAUAAAAAAGUUAUGCCGUAUUCUGUAUUCUGCGUUCCGGAAAUAAACUUACCCGUCUACCAACGCCAACAUCUGUCGCCACUUCGCUCCCGGCAUGAGCAGAGGGCUGGAAAAAUAAAACGAUCUUCACAGAAAUAGAGCACAUAAGCAAACGCGCAACGUAAACGAUCGUGUUGAUGCGGUAUUCUUCGCUGCUGGUGCUGGCACACUCGUUCCAUUACCUCGCUAACUGUGAUCGUGAGCGGUUUAUGCGGUAGCAACGCUUGCAGUGUCGGUGUUUUCCACACAUGUGUUUUAUCCAUCGUCAACUGUUCCUGGGUAGUCGUGGCAUUGAGUGAAAUAAGUGAAAAAUAAGUGAAGCUGCUGAAAGUGUCGACAGGAUAUCAAUCACGGGCUCGCUACAGAAUGGCACAUUUUUUCACCAAACAUUGGUGGACAGUUUUAGUAAUCCUUUCACUGGACUGGUUAACUUCUGCGGCCGAUGAUGAAACUUCGAAAGAUCCUCUCAUUUUCACCGUGGCCAGCAAUGCAACGGAGAGUUAUACGCGCUAUCUGCGAUCAGCGAAACAUUACGAUCUUGCAGUAACGACACUCGGCAUGGGCAAACCAUGGCUCGGAGGAAACAUGAAGUCCGUCGGCGGUGGAUAUAAGAUUAAUUUACUGCGCGAAGCUCUUAAACCGUAUCGAACGGAGAAGGAUCGGCUCGUGUUGUUUACCGACAGUUAUGAUGUACUCUUCUUGGCCCCGUGGGCAAAGAUCCAGGAAAAGUUUGCCUCAUUCGAGGCUUCCAUUGUGUUCGGAGCGGAGGGAUUCUGUUGGCCGGAUGAGUCGCUGAAAAGUGCCUAUCCCCCGCUCGAAGGUCGUGGAAUGCGUUUCUUGAAUUCGGGCUUAUUUAUGGGGUAUGCAGACAAGCUGUACAAACUGCUCAAAUCUCCAUUGAAGGAUACGGAAGAUGAUCAACUGUACUACACGAAAGCUUAUCUGGACGAGGAAUUGCGUCAAGAGCUUAACAUUAAACUGGAUCACAUGGCCACACUGUUCCAGAAUUUGAACGGCGUAGAGGAGCAGGUUGUACUGUCGUUGGAACCGACCGAGAAGGAAGCCACGUUGACAAACUCCGAGUACAACACAAAACCUGCCAUCGUGCACGGUAACGGUCCCAGUAAGUUGACCCUGAACAGUUACGCCAAUUAUUUGGCCGGUGCGUUUGUUGACGGUGAGUGCAAAACGGUACAGGAAGAUCGUCUAACCCUCGAGAAAGAUGCACCGCUGCCACUCGUUACGAUGGCUCUGUACGUCGAGAAACCGACACCAUUCCUGGAAGAAUGGUUCGAAAGAAUUGUCAAGCUAAACUAUCCUACCGAUCGGUUGGAUGUGCUGAUACACUCAAACGUAGCGUAUCAUGCAGCGACGGUCAAAUCAUUCCUCGAACGCCAGGAAGGACGCUAUCGUUCACUCAAGCUAAUAGACCACGAUGCGGACUUUACCGAAAUGGCAGCACGAAACUUUGCCACGAAGCAUUGCGAACAACGCGGUUGCGAUUAUCUGUUCGUUGUUGAUUCAGAAGGACAUUUGGACGAUGUGAACGUGCUACGAUCGCUUAUCGAAGCGAACCGGAAUGUGAUCUCACCGGUGCUGACACGUCCGGAGAAGGUUUGGAGCAAUUUUUGGGGUGCCCUCAGUGGUCAAGGUUUCUAUGCACGUUCGAACGAUUACAUGGACAUCGUGGGCCGUAAGCUGCUCGGUCUGUGGAACGUUCCCUUCAUCUCGAUCGUGUACUUGGUGAAGCGGGCCAUAUUGACCGACGUAAGCUACGAACUGCAGGAAACCGAUCCUGAUAUGGCUAUGUGUUGGCACUUCCGUUACAAGGGCAUCUUCAUGCACGUGAUCAAUAUGGAGCAGUACGGACAUCUGAUCGAUACCGAGUACUUCGAUAUGACGCGCACCCAUCCGGACUUUUACCAGCUGUUUAACAAUCAACAUGACUGGGAGCAGCGCUAUCUUGCGCCGGGUUACAAGCAGCAGCUCGAAAAAGGCUUCGUACCGAAACAACCCUGUUCGGAUGUGUAUUGGUUCGCGCUCGGUUCGGAUCGCUUUUGUGAUGAUCUACGCGAAAUCGUAGAAGCAUUCGGUGAAUGGUCGGACGGUUCGCAUUCAGACAAACGUUUGCAGGGCGGUUACGAGGCUGUCCCGACGCGCGACAUUCAUAUGAACCAGGUGGGAUUGGAGCAACUGUGGUUAAAGCUUCUGCAGCUUUAUGUGCGUCCGCUGCAGGAGAAGGUGUUCAUCGGCUAUUUCCACGAUCCACCACGAUCUCUGAUGAACUUUGUCGUUCGUUAUCGGCCAGACGAGCAACCAUCGCUGCGACCCCAUCACGAUUCGUCCACGUACACAAUUAACGUCGCACUGAACUCGGUCGGUGUUGAUUAUGAGGGCGGCGGUUGCCGAUUCUUGCGCUACAACUGUUCCGUUACGGACACGCGUAAGGGCUGGAUGCUGAUGCAUCCGGGACGCUUGACGCACUUCCACGAGGGUCUGCUAACCACCAAAGGAACGCGCUACAUUAUGAUUUCUUUCGUAGAUCCGUAAAAAGACUGCGCACACGACUGCCUCUUCCGACACGCCAACUUGCCACAACCAGUGCAAAGCCUUUAGACUCGUUUUCCAUUAUAAUCGCUUAUUUAACCCAAUGGCGGAAAGAGAAGCAGAGUAGCUUUUGUAUUUGCAGAUAGUGUAAGAUUGUGUUCAUUCUAGUUUCUUUGCGGGGAGGGAUUCAGCUGUGCCAUUAGAGUUAACGGCGUGCGUAUGCUAUAGGGUCGCAUACUUGGUCGAUGUAGGUUUUAAUAAUAAACGAAAAAAAACACGAAUCAAACUAACAACCUUACACAUUCAGUUUCGCAUUUACUGUCUGUCUUGAUCGAAAAAAAAUC